UUCUGAAACAACUAACCCCAUCUUACUCUGUCUCAGAGAACCAUGAGAGAGAAAGUUGAAACGUCUUUCUAAAUUACACCACUGCAAGAAUGACGUGUGUCUCAGUAGAAAAUGAAGAACCAAUAAUUGUUGGAGAAUCCUUUGGUGAUAAUGCAAACCAGGCUUCCAGACGUUUCUUGCUUGGUAUGGUGCCUCAUUUUAUUGGGAUGGAAAUAAAAAUAAAGGUAAAUUGUGAGUGACAAAGAUGUCUCAGGACAACCAGACUACAAAAGUCUCAGACUUUGUUCUGCUAGGUCUCACACAGAACCCAAAAUGGAAUUUCAUUCUUUUCCUGAUUUUUCUUUCUGUCUAUGUAACAACAUGGCUUGGGAACCUCACAAUUAUCUUCACUGUGAUUUUUGUGCAUCAACUCCACACAUCUAUGUACUUCCUACUGGCUAGUCUUGCAGCCACAGACAUCAGUGAUUCUACAGUGACUGCUCUCAGAAUGCUGGAAGGCCUUCUAUCAAACCACAAUACCAUCUCCUAUGAAUGUUGUAUCACUCAAAUUUUCUUUUUCCAUUUCACUGCAGGUGCAUCAGAUGGUUUAUUAGUUUUGAUGGCUGUUGACAGAUACAUAGCAAUUAUCAGACCAUUGGAGUAUCCUCUUAUCAUGAAUCACCACGUUUGCAUAGGUUUGGUAUCAGGAAUGUUGUUGGGCGGUUUUGUUCACUCCAUUGUCCAGAUUGGCAUCCUUGCUCAGCUGCCCUUCUGUGGACCAAAUGUAUUGGACAACUUCUUCUGUGAUGUUCCACAAGUCCUCAAAUUGGCUUGUACUGACACAUACGUUAUCGAACUACUGAUGGUUUCUAAUAGUGGAGUACUCCUCAUAAUAAUCUUCCCUGCUUUACUUGUGUCAUACUCCGUUAUAUUGAUCAAGAUUAGGACCCAUGUUGCAGAAGGAAAGAACAAAGCCCUUACUACAUGUACAACACAGAUUAUGGUACUUAGCUUAAAUUUUGGACCUGCAAUAUUCAUGUAUAACCGUCCCUUCAAAGUAUUUCCAGGAGACAAGUUUGUUGCUGUAAUGUAUACUCUCAUCACCCCUCUGUUGAACCCAAUGAUCUUCACUCUAAGAAAUACAGAAAUGAAAAAUGCUAUUAGGAAACUCAAAGUCGAAGUCCAAUCUUCAAUUGUUUUCUUCAGGGAAAAGCAAUUUCAUUACAGAAGGACUGGAAAAAAAUAA